GACGUCACUUAAAUGCCGCAUGGCAUCCAAAAUCCUCCGAUCGUCGGCAGUACUUGUUAAGAUGCGGGAAAAUAACGAAUGGAAACAAAGCGACAUAACGAAUAAGUUGCGCCAGUGUGAAAAUUAAAAAUCAGCAAGAGUCGCCUUUGCUCUGCGAUCUGAAUUCAUAGCAAGCCACGAAUCAACUUUCUUUGUUGGGUAAUUUUCAACAUUAUGGACAACUGAAACGCGGUCUUCGAACGUUCAAUGCCAGGGGGUUCCAUUCUUGUGAAGAUGCGCCUUUUAGCCCGUUAAAAAAUAGACCGAAGAAUCAGCUGUGAACAGUGCGUAUUUACGUCGGCCGUUGGAGUCGAGCCACAAACAUUUUCGAUGUCAUGAAAUAGCAUAAUUUGUCCGAUUUUUUGAAGAAAAAGAAGCGAUAAUGGAACAACCAAGUGCUAAUAUUACUAACCGUACGAUUGCGCCUAUGAUAACGCCUAUAACUAGCAACAGAGGGGUCUUAGUUAUACAGGCAACCGGAAAACCAAAAAUACCAACAGUGCCUCCUAAUGGGAUAUCAAAUCAAGGAGUUGCCACCCUCAUUGUGAUGUGUUGCGUGCUUACAAUUAUCAUGAUGUUCUGCUGUUUUGCGGCUCCAGGAAUACGAGAUCUCUGCAAAAGAUAUGUAUUUCGCCAAUGCGUGAUAGAUGACCCAGACGUGAAUAAUGUCCAGACGCCCCAGCAGCACCAGACGCCCACUCUAAUACUGCUGCCGUUCGGACGGAUGCUCGUGGUCGACCGAUCCAUGUUCCAGGCCUUCCAGUCGGACCCCACAGGCCUGGAUCUGCUGGAGAUCGGCAGGCAUAUCAUGAGGAACCAGAGCCUGAUCUCAGACAGCACACCCAGUGUCCUAGACUGCGACAGUACGAGCAAGGGACUGACCCCGGAUUCCCUGGACCUGCAGCCUCCAUCUUACGACGAGGUCUUGAGGAAAGACCUGCCUCCGGCUUACAGUGAAUUGAGUUUGAUGUUUCGAACACAGCGCUAUCCGUCCUCGACAUAUUGUGCUUCCACGCAGAGUAUCGAAUUGGACCAUUUACGCGAAAGACAUCUUGAAAGUGAGACUGAUCUUGUAGAUAGGGAUUUGGUGUCCAAGUAGAUGCACUGAUAUUGUCCUGUUUCACUGGGCUCAUAACCUGUUCGUUGAUGCAAUUAUUUUAUAGACUAUCUAUUUAUGAUGACAUGACCUGCCAGUUUAUUUAACAUUGGUGAUGUUUUAGGUACAUAAAUUAUCUUUAUAAACUGUUGAAAUUAUUAAAGUUACUUUUGUGGACAAA